CGUAGUAGAGUCAUAUGAAUGCUGUUUUUGUCGCAGCUGCGUCUCACUUCUCUUUUUUUUUAUAAAGCAUGUCGCUCACUUUGCGUCGUUCUAACCAAUAAUUAAUAUUGUCAAAGCCACAAGUUUGACAGCCAAUAACUGCAUAAAUCAUACUCCCAUGACCGCCAGCUGCCAAUAUCUGUUUCAAAGAGACGGACGGCAUGCUUCGGUGGAUUUUUGGUGGUCGCGAUGCUCAAAGCUCCGUGGAGAAAAGCGGCGCGCUGUGCAUCGGCGAGGAACAGCCCAAAAACUGCUUCACUGAGCUGCAAGUGCUGAGAGGACAUUUUGACAUCGUUCGAUUUCUGGUGCAGAUUGAUGACUUCAGAUGUGCGUCCGCAGGCGACGAUGGCCUGGUGCUGGUCUGGAACGUUGAGACGGGCGAGAGGCUCCAGGAGCUGAGAGGUCACUCCCAGCAGAUCACCGCCAUCGCCGUCUUCCGCCGCAGAGACGAGCUGACGGCGCACACCUGCCUCAUCACCGCCUCCUCCGACCGCAGUGUCAGCUUGUGGGACCCGGACACGGGGAACCGAGUCCAGACCGUUCUGGACCUGCAGUCUUCUGUCAAGUGUUUGCUGGUGUUGGAGCGCCUCGGCGUGUGGCUGUCUGGCGGCGAGGAGCUGUGUGGGUGGAGCCAAGACUUCCGGCUGCAGUGUCACGUGGACAAGCAGAGCGACACAGGAAUCAGCGCUCUGAUCCAGCUGCCCAAGAACUGCGUCGCGGCCGCCAUGGACAAGACCAUCGUGGUCUACCAGCUGACGGCGUGCGGCGACUCUCUCUCGCUGGCGGAGGUCCGCUGCCUGGCGGACCACCAGGACCAGAUCCGAGCUCUGGUCAACGUCAACGACGAGCUCUUCGCCAGCGGCUCCCACGCCGGCGAGCUGAUGGUCUGGGACGCGGCGGACUGGACCGUGGUGGCCUACCAGCACAUCCUGUGGGAGGAGCCUCACACGGCCACGCAGAUCCAAAUAGGCGGGGCCAAGGCCAGCGAGAUGUCGGUCCAGCACCUCGCCUCCAACGGGAACCUCAUCCUGGCGGCGGUGGGCAGCGGCCUCUACGUGUUCAGCGUCCUCAGCAGGGCGGCGGUGGCGUACAGGAAGUGCGCCCACGACUCCGACGUGCUGCACGCCGCCUUGCUCUCCGACAGUGAGAUCAUGUCCUGCUCCGAGGACGGCAGCGUCAGGAUGUGGGAGAUCCAAGACCUGCCUCUGGCUGGAGAACCUGCGUCUCCUGGCUUCUUGGGCAUGUGGAACUUCAGCCGGUCCAGCAGACAGACCUGUCCCCCGUCCAACAAGACCGCCGAGGUCCCCGCCCUCAGAACCUUGGAGCUGACGGGCGACCUGAUCGGACACUCAGGCGCAGUCCAGAUGUUCGUGGCCUUCAAGGACAAGGGUCUGGUCACGUGCUCCGCAGACCACCAGAUCAUCCUGUGGAAGAACGGCGAGAAGCAGUCCCGCCUUCGCAGUCUGGACCUGUUCCACAGACUGGAGCAGACCGGAGGACUGUGACCGUGUCAGAGAAAGACAGCAAAAUAAACAGUAUUUUGGACAAAAGUAUUGGGUCAACAGGAAGUGAACAUUUUAUUUCCUGUGCCAUCAUUGUGUGGUGGGACUAAAUAAAAACCUCCCAAAAAAGGGCGCAGUACUCCA